AUUAUUGUCAAGCAUUGUUUGAACUUCAAAACGACAACGAAUAUUGUUUAGAUAAAGGAGUAAUUGUUUUAAUUGGUGAAAUAAACAUACCAUUAUGAAUGAAUUAACAGAAAAUAAUGUGGAGAACUGUAACGCAGAAAAUUCUGCGGAUUCACCGCCACAGCGGCGGCGUCGGUCUAGCUUUUUCGAGCGUCGAAGUAUCGUGCCUGAACCGUCUAUGAAUAUUAUCGCCGACGACACUAACGAUGAAGAUGCGGAUGAGGAAUACCUAAACCAGUACUACACACAACUGCGAAGUGAGAAAGAUCAGUGGAAGAAAGAGGUUCAGAACAGACGAGGAAUCUUACAUGAUGCUGAGUUACAACUAAAAAUGGCAAAGAAAUCCGACAAGGUCCGUAUAAACUACAGCAUACUAUCCAACGAAGACAUCGAGUUUCUCCAAGCCAAGCCCAACCUGCCAGACCUUGUCGACAGUGUCCGGAAGCUACAGAAGUCUACGAGAGAGACAUAUGAGCUGUACAAGAGAGCUGUGGAGCUCGAUGAGGUGGUUUUGAGGGACGUUGAAGGGAAAGUUGAGAGAGUUACGAAGUAUUUGUUGGAGCAUAGUCGUGAAGUUGAAUAAAUCUAUUGGUAAGACA